AUGGAAAAUCUAUGUUGCCACAUUCCCUGCAUGUUGAGUCAGCCCAGGCACACCUCGCAAGAUGAUGAUGGGAGCCAGGCCGUGAAGGAGGAGCCAAAGGAGGAAACCUCAGAUGCAAAUGAUGAUGCUACAGCUCCACCCACCAAGAAGCGUCGGGUGAGGACCCGCAGAGAGAAGCUUCAGGAAGCGGCUAAGGCUCGGCUUCGCCGGAUGACCACUAAGAAGAAGCGCCGCGCUGAGCUGGAGGAAUCCUUCCUCACAGACUCGGAGGUGCAGAUCCGAAAGACCCAGAAAAUCACCAUCAAGCAGGAUGCUGCGUGGUACAGUGAAACGGAAAUGAAGACUGAGUUGAAAUGGUCUCGAAUCUCCGGCGCCAAGAAAGCCUGUGAGAAGGAUGCCGCCAAUCUUAUCAGGCACAACCAGUAUGACAAUGUCCUGGAGUACUGGGUAGUUGUCAGAGAGACUGGUCAGCACGAGCAGAUCAAAGAGAUCUCAGAGCUGGAGCGGACUCGCAAGUAG